AUGGCCUUUAAGUUCUCUGCAAAACGUUUGUUGGUAUUUAAGGAACAACUUGGAGACAAUCCUGUUGCUAGAGAAGAAAUGGGAAGGCGCUCAAAGCUGAAGCUGCUUUGUGAAACGUGCUGGGCCCCCAGAGCAGAUUACCUGUCAGUUUUCGUUGACGCUUUCAAGGUAUUACUUGAUAUUCAUAAUCUGGAUCAUAGCCCAUCUUCUAUGAGCUAAAUACAAUGGAACAUUUUUCUUAUCCAUCAAUGUUCAUUUUUAGGUUAUAAUCGACACAUUAGACCAGCUAAGCGAGGAAGGUGAUUGCAAGGCCACAGCACUCCACGCGUCUAUUCUGAAAUGGGACUUCAUUAUUACUCUUGUUGUGCUCCAGCACAUUUUUGAAUAUACUAACAAGCUGUCGGUAUACCUCCAAGUGAGUAAUCAAAUGAUAUCAUAGUAUAUCCUUGAUUUUUACAUUUACCACAUUACUAAGAAUCAAAACCAUUUUUGGGGACCCAGAGCCCUGAUCUCAACUUGAUUCAAGCCUGCUCCUCUGUUCUGAAUGCAAAGCGAAAUGACGAUGCUGUUUGGGAGGCCUUGAUGGAAAAGGCUAUUGAAAUCGCCUCGGAUUACAGCAUUGAUCCAUCAUCGCCAAGAACAGCAGGAAGGCAACAACAUCGCAACAACGUUCCAGCAAAUACCCCAUCAGCAUAUUGGAAGAGGGCAAUGUGUUUGCCAUUUCUAGAUCACCUCGUCACAGAGACCAAUGAAAAGUUCGUGGUGCCACUACCAGGCUUCCAGGCUCAGCUCCUUAUCCCAGGUAAAUGAUAUUGCAUUGGGUACAAGAAUUUUGUGGAUCAUGUUCAUUUGACCACUCAGUGGUUUAGCACAUAGAUCUCAAAUUGCUGUUCUUGCUUAUGGGAAAGCUUGGCCAGUUGACGGAGGAAAAAUUGAAGUCGAUCCAUGAGCACUACGGUGGUGACAUGGCCAUUGAGUUGGAAGAGUUCAAACUUGAAGUGGACAGAUGGAGGCACCGCUGGUCUAUCAGGGAGCCAACCGAUCCUCUCCCGCAGACGUUGGUAGAAACUCUAGAUGUGGCUAAUCCUGCAUUCUACCCAGCAAUCUAUGUAGCAGUAAAAACACUCUUGAUGUAUCCUGUGUCGGCAUGCGCUGCUGAGCGCAGCUUUAGUUUGAUGAAAAGGUUGAAGACGCCACUACGAAACACGAUGACUGACGAUCACCUUUCAUCGUUAGCAAUAUUGCACAUCCACAAGGAAAAAGAAAUCAAUGUUGAGAGUGUGCUCGACCAGUUUGCACAGCACAAAGAAAGACGCCUUGUUCUUUGCUUAUAA